AUGGCUCCGCUUCGAGCAUUAGCGUGGAGAACAUUCCGCAUUACAAAAACCUUAUACUGGCCGACUGUUUCUAACCAGACACUAAAAUACUAUCACUCUCCACUCCUUCGCUUCCUCAACUCUUCCGUUCGUCCGCUGACGAGUCCACUCCAUCCACCGCCCCGCCUGUUGCGCGCGCUUAAACCCCCGGUAACAGAUGAGAUCGCGCGCUGGCAGGAACACAGCCUGAACGCGGGGAACGACGCGCUGGAGCAAGAAGUUGGCGAGAGAAGCGGCGUCCUCGGGAUAUUCCGUGGCGCAUUCCACUCGAUGAUUUUAAUUUUGUUAUUACACGGACGAAUUCAAGUAACCACAUGCUCAUUGGACACCGCUAAAAGCGGGGAUCCAGUUAUGCUCAGCUUUAACGAGGAGCAGGAUGCAUCCAUCAAUUUAAGCAACAACGAAGUGUACAGUAGAGAAGAUACUGAUUCAGAGGAGAAAGGGAGAAGGAUGCCUGAUAGAGGAAGAGAUGCCAGGCGACAUGAAGCAGACAAUAACAUGGAGGAGUAG